AUGCGGGCGAUGAUGGCAAAACAAUGGAAGGAUCUUCAACUAAGUCCAGAAUGUCUUGCGGGGAUUGACAAACUGGGUUUCACCCAGCCUUUCCCUGUACAGUCAACUGUGAUUCCCCUCCUACUAAGUCGCAAGGACGUUGCUGCAGAAGCCGUCACGGGGUCUGGGAAAACCAUAGCUUUUGUCAUUCCUAUACUUGAGAUCUUAUCGCAGCGUCAAAACGAGUGGAAAAAGCAUGAGAUUGGAGCGCUUAUCCUUUCACCCACUUAUGAACUAACUGUUCAAAUAAAUGAGGUUCUUCAGUGUUUUUUGAAUCACUUCAAGCAUUCUGAUGGAUCGCCUCGAUGGACAUCACUUGUUCUGAGUGGCGGGGGUGGAGGAGGGGCGAAGACAAAUCGAUUGGAAGAUUUAAGGAAGUUUGAAACCCAUGGAGCCACGGUAAUGGUGGCUACGCCCGGACGACUCGUUGAUUUAGUCCGAAAAGCCCCAUUAAUUCUUGGACAAGUUUCAAAUAAUCAGACCCAAAAUCCCCUCAUCCGGGGCCUGCGAAGCCUGGAGAUCCUAGUUCUUGACGAAGCCGACCGCCUCCUUGAAAUGGGUUUUGAACCCCAGUUAAAUGCCAUCCUUCAGAUUUUGCCCAAACAGCGCAGAACCGGUCUAUUUUCAGCCACGCAAACCACUCAGCUAGACGAUUUGUUGCGCGCAGGUCUGCGGAACCCUGUUCGUGUGGUUGUUCGAGAAAACGACACGGAAGCCAAUAGUAACUCAGGACCAGGACUUCAGCAGAGAACUCCGUCAACAUUAGAGAACUUCUUUGUUGUCGUGAACCCCGCAGAAAAGCUGUGGGCACUCAUCACGUUUUUGCGUAGUCACGCAGAAGAAAAGAUUGUUGUGUUCUUUGCGACGUGCGCUGCUGUUGACUACUUUACACGCCUCCUUCAAGGCGGACUCCUCUCCUCCAACCAUGCAAAAUUAAUUCACGGACUUCACAGAAAAAUGCGGCAGAAAAGGAGCAGUAUUUUUGCCAAGUUCCGAAAUCUCUCCAAAGGGGUUCUCCUCUGCACAGAUGUGAUGGCCCGCGGCAUCGACGUCCCCAACGUCAACUGGGUGAUUCAGUGGGACCCGCCCUCAAGCGCAAAUUUCUUUGUUCAUCGCUGUGGCCGAACCGCUCGCUGUGGAGCCCAGGGUCGCGCUGUCCUAUUCCUCACUCCAACAGAACUCGCUUAUGUCGACUUCCUUCAAAUUAAUCAAAAUGUGACUCUAGUAGAACGGACCUUGACGGAAUUGGUCGACGCACAAACCCUGACUCAAUUCACGACUGAUUCUAUCCGCCUCAAAGUGCAAAAAAUCUGCACUAACGAUAGGCUGCUUUACGAAAAAGGCAUCAAGGCAUUUGUCUCCUUCGUCCAGUUCUAUAGGAAACAUGACUGCAGCCUGUUGUUCAAGAUUCGAGAUUUGGACCUUGGCGCACUGGCCAAUGCCUAUGGCUUGCUACGUCUUCCUCAUAUGCCAGAGCUAAAUGGAAUACCAAAUUUCAGCUUCAUUGCCCCAGAUGUCGACCUGUCAAAGCUGAAAUAUAAAGAGAAAAGUGUUGCAAAACAGCGGGAGCUGAAAAGAAAAGCCCUGGAGGAAAACCCGCCCCCCAAGUUCAAAAAGGUUGGUGAAGUGGCUCCCUCUUCUCCGUGGUCAAAGACGAAAGAAAAAAAGGCUAAAAGGGCGUCUAGACGUCUAAAACACCGAAUUAAUGAGGAACCCAAAGCCGCCGCCUUCGUGCCUGGCAAUCACAUGCCCCGGAAGCGUCAAGCUGUAGUUGGUCACGGUGCCUGCGACGAAGAAGAUGAUGAUGAUAUCUCCGAGGAAUAUAAAAAGAUGCGAAAGCAUAAAGGCCGAAAGGUAUGA